UCGCGGCUAUAGCCGCUUCCACUCCAUAGUGGACAUUAGACAAACCAAUUCCGAUUAGCUGAAAGUGAAAAUAACAAAAUUCAAUUCACGAUAAUUUGCACCCGUUAGAACCUAUGAAAUGGUUUCUUGUUUUAUACUUUCAGAAUUUUGUCUUUUGGUAGUCAUAGACGUCGAUACUAGAACCAAGCUUCCUGAUCAAUUAUUCCAUGAGCUAGCUUCAAUUAACCUUCUUGUGCAAUCUCAAAGGAAAAAGUCGUUUUUAGUCGAAUUCCUUCUUGCAACUCUCCCUAUAAUUUCAAGAAUUUUAUUUAAUCUGAAAUCCUAAUGAAAUUACAGGGUAUAAAGAUUCUAUGCAUGAUUUCCUUUUCAAUGCCCAUAAUUUGGGUGAAAACUAAAUUUAUGGGAAAAUUGCCACAACAACUAAGUUCGUGUAUUUUUUUCACUUGUUUCAAAGUUCACGAGCUAAACUAAGUUUAGCCGCCAAUAGCCUUUAAUAUUUCGCACUCCAAAGAAAUUAAAUUUACUCGUUUCAAAGUUCACGAGUUGGCUCGCCAGCCUUCUCUCCCCAUUUUGAUGCUCCACGAGACGAGAUGCACGCAACACGUUGGUGUCUCAUUUCGGCUAGAAAAGACCGAGACGCCAGCGAGAUACGCUGCAGAUGGCCUAAAACUCUCAAGUUUUGAAUCCACUAUCAUGCUAUCUUUAAAAUUACUCAGUCAUUCAAACAAAAAAGAUUGUGCUGUGUACAUGUAUUCGUGUGAAUAACCUCUGAAGCUAAAGUUCUCAUGUUUUAGUAACGCCUUUAAAAUUAUUAUUAAUUCAAAACAAGAUAUAGAGAGAAGCAAUUAACAGUUAAAAACUGAGGCAAACAAAACAUACGACAAGAACCUCACUGAAAACAACUGUAAUUCUAAAUAGAAAAUUACAAGAAUUUGUGGUAUGGAUUUGUAGGCGCAGCAAAGAUCGCCUGCCUAAUUCUGGAAAUGUUUAGCGGCGUUGACUCAAAAUCAAGUGGUAAUGCAGAUAAGAAAAAGGAUGGCCAAGAAUGAUAAUUAUCUAAAGUAAAAGUUCAUAAUGAUCUCAACAAGAAGAUUAAGUCUCUAAUGUAGUUGAGGUUGUCUCAUUUUCAAUGAAUGCAAGUUAGUCCUACUUCCAAGUUGAGAUUGUCUCAUUUUCUUCUACAUCAUUUUCAGCAUUACUUUAUCUUGUAUUUGCUAUAACAAGAUUAACUUUUCCUUUCAGUAGACCCCACCGAUAAAAGCCCCUUCCAACUAGCCAAAUCGAUCCCUUUCCAUUUCGUUAUUGAUGUUGGAUUCAGUCAGGCCUACAUAUUCACCCACCCACCACCCUUAUAUCUAAUCCUUUUAUAAGCUGUAUCUAACCUGCACUAUUUUCUGCACUUUCGCAGUUUACUUCCACCUAUAAAAAUACUGCUCUACAACACAGAUACCCCACGAGGGAAGUGAGAGCAUGCACUUCUCUAUAGUUAAGAAAGAAAAGUUUGCCCGUUGACACCAUGGUCGCAGAGCUUAUCAUGGAGGCAAGUAAUAUCCUUAGGAAAAGAGUGAACGAUGAUACUUCCAUUCCACACUCGGGUAAUAUGUCACAAGCUUCAGCACAAAGCUCAAAUCAAGCUUACUUCCGCUCCCAAGAGUAUUAUAUUCAUCACGAAUCUUUCAAACUCUUUGUAGGCUCUUGGAACGUAGGAGGCAUCCGCCCUCCAGACAACUUGAACCUCGACAAGUUGCUCAACACUGAAGACACCAUGGCAGAUAUAUAUGUGUUGGGGUUUCAAGAAAUUGUCCCUCUCAAUGCUGGAAAUAUUUUGGCGACAGAAAAUAGCGACGUUUCAGUGAAGUGGAACUCUUUUAUUAAAGCGGCCCUAAACAAGAGGACACCAGCAGAAGAUACAUUACAAAAGACAGAAAUUGGAGAGUCACAAAGAAUUUAUCCCCUAAAAACACAGAGCUCCACCAAGUCCAAUGCCACAGAUUAUAAAUGCAUAAUAAGUAAACAAAUGGUAGGAAUAUAUAUUACCAUAUGGGCAAGAACUGAGCUACACCAGUACAUCAGCAAUCUGGGUGUCUCAUGCGUCGGAUGUGGUAUCUUGGGGCGCCUGGGAAACAAGGGUUCAGUCUCCAUCAGAUUUUGCUUGCAUGAAACAAGCUUUUGUUUUGUAUGUAGCCAUUUGGCUUCAGGUGGUAAAGAAGGCGAUGAGAGACACCGAAAUGCAGAUGCAGCACAUAUAUUAGCGCGCACCCUAUUUCUGCCUGAACCCCUCCAGCAUUUGCCCAGAAAAAUUUUAGACCAUGACCGGGUGAUUUGGCUAGGAGAUUUAAAUUACAGGAUUCACCUGCCUGAAGAUACAACGAGAUCCUUGGUGAAGAAUAAAGAAUGGAGUUUACUCUUAGAAAAUGAUCAGCUGAUAGCUGAGAUGAACAAAGAAUGGCAUGAGGAACUAAUUGAGUUUGCACCUACAUAUAAAUAUGACCAGAACUCGGAUGACUAUUAUGGAUCGGGUCAAAAAAUAAAAGUGAAGAGAAUGCGAGCUCCAGCAUGGUGUGAUAGAAUAAUUUGGUUUGGCAAAGGACUGAAGCAGAUCCAGUACAACAGAGUUGAAUCCAGAUUAUCUGAUCAUAGACCGGUUUACGCAAGGUUCACUGCAUACGUAGAGGUGUCUAAACUCCCAGGAAUGCAAAACAGCGCCAUGUCAAGCUGAACUGCUUAUUCAGAAACCAAUUUAUAUUAAGUAGAUCCGAAUGACUAAUUCCUAUAUUUUGUAGCUACCUAGAGUAUAUAAGCAAAUCAUUAUGUACCACCUCCACCACUCCCCCGCCGCCAGAUUUGUAAAUUUAUGAUGGCAAAUGCACAGAGAGUGCUGGAGCUUCAA